GACGGCACUGAGUUGCCGGAGGAUGGCGAUCUCGAUACCCCGGUCGAUCUGCAACUCGUCCUCCUUCCGUUCUGCGAGACUUCACCGCAGCAGGACGAUGAGGUCUUCCGCGCAGUGAGGUUCGGCCACGCAAACAAAGUGGAGCAGCUGCUGCAGAGACGGCACGAUCCGAACGUGACGGACAACGCCUACAAGUGGACUCCUCUUCACACCGCUUGCGCAAAGGGCUGCAUCCCAAUCGUCCAACUCUUGCUGGAGGCUUCUGCAGACAAGGACAGUUCGGGCCAUUACAGCGCAACCCCGCUGAGCGUGGCUUCGCGUUGCGGACGCAUUGAGGUCGUUAAGCUGCUCCUGGAGGCCGGUGUCGACAAGGACAAGCCGAACGAGCAUGGAGAGACCCCUUUGGCUGUGGCAUCGGAUUCCUGCACUGAGGUGGCCCUGGUUCGCCUCUUGCUGGAGGCUCGUGCUGAUACGAACAAGGCCAAUAAGAACGGCGAAACGCCUUUGCUCGUGGCCUCUCUACAGAACUGCAUCCGGGUUGUGCGACAUCUGCUGGAAGCACGUGCGGACCACGAGCAGUCGGCCUGCAACGGUGAAGGGCCUUUGCUCGUCGCUGCAGAGAAAGGCCACUCCGAUGUGGUCCAGCUGUUGCUGGAGGCAGGUGCCGACAAGGACCGAGCUGAUCAAGGGGGUGAGACGCCUCUUACCGUGGCCUCCGCGCACUGCCGGCCCAAUGUUGUUCGUCUCUUAGUCGAGGCAGGUGCGGACCAGGCGAAGUCAAAUGGUGAGGGCAAGACUGCUUGGGACCUCGCUUCCACCCGGAACCACCGCGAAGUCUUGGCUUUGUUGAGUGGUGAGCCCUCUAGGAAGAGGCGUCGAGUCAAAGCUCCAAAGCAUUGA